UAAUUUUCUUGGGGGGGAAGGUGGAAGGAUAAAUGGGAGACAAAGGCCCAAGUCCGCCGCAGAGCUCCAGAUCUUAACAUCCACUGUGAAUAGCAGGUUCACGAGGACGAAUCGACGAAGUUAGCUUGGAUAGAGAGAGCGUGAGAGAGAGAGGCGAUAGUGGAAAGCGCGCGCGCUCGCGCUAGAGCGAGAGAGAGAGAUUAUAGAAAGAGUUGAAGAUUUUGGCGUUCAAUCAGUAAUCUGCUACUUAUAGGUCGAAGAGCGUAUUUGGAGCAAAAGAACGGAGAUUAGGAUUGGAUACGCAAAUCUGAGUUUUCUCUUUGCCGGGUGUCCAUAGGGAUGCUGGAAGGCCAUUCCUGGUUAAUUUCGAGGGCCUUACCAAGCUCCUGUGAGCAAGAAUCCAAGCUAGCAUAUAUGACCAAUCAUCUUUUGGACAGAACCAGGAACAGAAAAUCUCUUGAUAUUCUACCUGGAGAUCCAGUUGAGGUUGUUAACAAGGAUUGGGGAAGGCGGAUCAAGACUGUAAAAUUUUCUGAUUCAUCUAAAUGUAAUCCUGAUUACCUUGAUUCAAAUAACCUCAUCAGCCCAAUUGGACGAGAUAAUUCAAUUAGCUGCUUGAUGCGGUGUUCUCGCUCUGAUUAUGGUGUCCUUGCCUCUCUUAACAGUGGUUUUCGCUCUCUGAUCAGAAGUGGAGAACUCUAUCGGCUUCGUCGACUGAAUGCGAUCACAGAGCAUUGGAUAUACUUCUCAUGUAACGUGAAUGAGUGGGAAUCCUAUGAUCCAUAUUGUGCCCGGUGGAUUAGUUUACCCAGAAUGACCCAUAACGAGUGCUUUAUGUGCACGGACAAAGAGUCCCUUGCUGUCGGUACCGAUCUCCUUGUAUUUGGGAAGGAAGAAAUUGCCCACAUUGUGCGGAGAUAUAGCAUCCUUACAAACUCAUGGUCGCAUGGUGUUACAAUGAAAUCUCCUCGGUGCUUAUUUGGAUCUGCAAGCGUUGGAGAGAAGGCCAUUGUUGCAGGUGGAAUUGAUGCCCAUUGUACUCUAUUAAGCUCCGCAGAGCUUUACAAUUCUGAGACACAAACUUGGACAACUCUGCCAAGCAUGAACUUACCAAGGAAGAUGUGUUCAGGUGUAUUUAUGGAUAAGAAGUUUUAUGUUAUUGGAGGAAUGGCUAGUAAUACCGAAUUGCUUACUUGUGGAGAGGAGUUUGAUCUUGAGAAAGGCACAUGGAGGCUUAUUCCUAAUAUGUCAUUGGGCUUGAAUGGAGCUCGUGGUGCACCUCCGCUUGUCGCGGUGGUUAACGAUGAGCUUUAUGCUGCACAUUACUUGCAUCAAGAAGUGAGGAAGUAUGAUAAGCAAAAUAACAUUUGGAUCACCUUGGGGAGGCUUCCUAGGCCGGUGUCGAAGAAUGGGUGGGGACUUGCAUUCAGGGCAUGUGGUGAACAACUUGUAGUCAUAUGUGGUCCAAGGACAUUGGGUGGAGGGGUGAUUGAGCUCCAUUCAUGGAUUCCUAAGGAGGGGCAGCCACCAGUGUGGAAUAUGAUUGCUAGAAAGCAAUCCGGGAGCUUUGUUUAUAAUUGUGCUGUGAUGGGUUGCUGAUUUGUUGGGUGUUUUUAAUGCAAAUUACACAUCUGUUCUAUGGAGCGGAAAGCUGGCAUAUACAGGGCACCAAAUACUGAUUCUUGGCGAUUGUUGAUGCCUGGCUAUUUGGAAUUCCUGAUUGUACUUGUGAACUCUUUUCCUCAGUGUAACUUCUGAACUUCAUUGAUUACUUUUGGAGUUUUUUUUAUCAUUCCUCACAUUGAAUUGGGGCUUAAAGAAACUAAUCUUCUACCCCAUUUUCUCUUAGGGUAGGUAUUUUAGAGGUCUUGGGAUCCUUUAGUUCAGUGCUGAUCAAUAAUACAAUGUGGUUUAUCCUCUCUUUAA